UGGCCCUCAAAUUGCACCUUAUUUCGCCUACGGCGACAGGUCUUGAAGGCGAAGCGCGGGAUCUUUGGGUCUCUUGUGCUACGAUCGACAACUGCUUCAUGAUCGCCCUUUGGCAGACGAUUCAGAGGUCAAGAUUGUACAAACGAGGAAGCCAUACUUGGCCCAUUCUCUUCGCAUGGAUGCCAUAGCGGCCAAGAUAGUAGAACUGCCUCCGAUGGACGCCUCAAUCUGGAGCGGGGCAGAUAUACGGGAAGCCGGGCUCUUGAGAGCUCAGAUCGACCGCGUAGAGGCCAGACUCAGUCACGCACGAAGCGAGCUCCCGGAUGAAGCUCCAUAUCCGCUCGAAUCAAGACAGUUAGACAGUCACAAACAGUCCUCCAUCGCUUUGACGGCCCGGUUGAUGAUGUGCGCCGCAUGGACCUUCCACCGUCUUUUGCUGCACCGUCCGUUCCUGAGAGUCGGUGUCAUGCAGACGGCUGGCACAUUUGUGAAGAACGAUGUUAUUCGCGCGAUCCACUGCAGCGCCGAAACCGCCACGAUGCUGUGCGAUGCUAUUCUAUGCGUCAGUGCAGUGGAGAUCCGUUUUCAAAAGUAUGCGAUGGGGCUUUGUGUAAACCUACACAAGGCUUGCAGCACUCUUCUCCUCUGCUGUGCUGCUUCCGCCAAUGGUCAUUGCCGCCCCAUGGACCGCCAGAUGAUGCCUCGCUGGAUAGCGACCAUGCACAGAGCAACGAUUGCUGCAGAAACAUUCACGGACAAUGGCUCGACUCUUCUUCGUCAACUGCAGGCGCUCUGCGAACACGCAGACGUACUGUCGAAGCUUGUUCACACUGAUGAGGUACAACAACACCAACAGCAAUCAUGCAUGCACAAUGGCCUCCCCAUCACUGGGCACAGUCCGGUGCCGUGGACUAUCAGCGCCGAUCAGCUCCUCGACUUAUUAGGGCAGGAUAUUGAUUGGUGGAACCUGACUCCUUUCGCACCAACCUUAUCGACGGCAUCGGGCGAUCAAGUGCAGCUGCAUAAUAUCAGUUCGUUAGGGUAAUUUAAUUUUGCCAAUCCUUAUGGGUCAGCGUCAGACCCUUGCGUUCACGAUGACGGGCGCAAGAUCGCGCCCGAGACGUACACAUUUGCUAGAUCCUUCGUAUUCAAUUGACAUUGGCGAAGCAUUUCUCGCCGCGAUCUCCUCAGCAG